AUGCAUAAUGACCACGGUGUGGCAGCAGCAGGAUCAACAUCAACAGCAGCAGCAGCUGUAGCAACAGCAGCAGCACCAGCAGCGCCAGCAGCAGCAGGCGCUGCGCCGAUUGCGGCGCCGAUAGCUGCGCCGACAGCUGUGCCGAUUGUGGCGCCGAUUGUGGCGCCGAUUGUGGGGCCGAUUCCGGAGUUCAUCCCGUAUCAAGCGGGGGACGAGGCGGCUGUUGAGCUAACCUUGGCCUCCGGGCUGGGCGCAGGGAGGCGGGCGCGCGCGGGGGGAGAGAUGGGCGGAGGCGGGUUGCCCCGGAGCCCUGUGCGCAAGUUUCGUGAGGGCACGGGGAGGAGGGAAGCGGCGGCGCUGCAGGCGCAAGGGCAGGCGGGAGAAGAGGCGCAAGGGGCGCGCGGGGCGCAGGCAGCGGGGGGAGCGCGGGGAGAGGGUGGGGCGCGGGGAGCGGAGGGGCGGGCGGAGGGGCUCGCAAGCCUAACGUUUCAGCAGUGGGACAAAAUCAAGGAGCGGGUUAUGGCAGGAGGGGAGGAGGCGGGGGAGGGGGAAGACUCGGGGGAAAUGAGGAAGGGGGGGGGGGAUGAGGCAGGGGCGAUGGGGGAGGUUUGGGAGGAGGAGGAGGAGGAUCGGGUGGCGGAUGCCGAAGCUGCAGCCGCGGACCAGGCCGCGGAAAUCGCUGCCAGGGCUGAGCGGCAGGCUCGGAUACAGAGGCUGCUGCUGGAGGUGAACCUUCCGCGCCUGGCGCAGUGGGGGGGGAUGGGGGCAGCGGAACUCAGCAGUGGUGCGGGGAAGGCGCUUGCUAGCAGCGCCCCUGGGGGGUUUUUCAUGGGGGAAAGGGGGACGGGAGGAGGCAGCGGAGGGAAUGGGGGGGGGUAUAGCUCUGGAAGCGGGUCGUCUGGUGUGAGUAGCAGUAGCAGCAUUGAGGGGAGCGGGGGUAGUGGAGGGAGGGGGGGCAGUGGGGGAGGUGGGGCAAUAGGUGAGAGCUCAUCUGUGCCUGUCACGCCAGCAGGAGGGCGAAUGGAUGGCGGAUACUUGGGAGGAGGCAUGCCGGUGCAUGGGGGAGGGGCGUAUGGGGGAGGGCCGUAUGGGAGAGGGGGAUAUGGUACAGGGGGAUAUGGGGGAGGUGGGGCAAUGGGGGAGAGCUCAUCUUUGCCUGUCACUCCUGCAGCAGGAGGGCGAAUGGAUGGGGGGUACCCGGGAGGAGGCAUGAUGGUGCAUGGGGGAGGGGGGUAUGGGGGAGGGGCGUAUGGGGGAGGGGGGUAUGUUGCAGGGGGAUAUGGGGGAGGUGCAUAUGGUGGGGGGCAGACGGGCAAGAAGGGGUUUUUCUCGCUGCUCAAGGUGGGGCGAGGGGGGAAGAAGCUGGCAAAAUCGGAAUCAGCAGACGGCCGCCUGUGA